AUCUGGGGAGAUCAAAGAGUUAACUGUGUUCUGUUUUACUGUGUGCAUGCUUUACACUGGAAGCACACUGUUUUGUAUGGCUCUGCUAUGCAGAGCCAUAAAAAGCAGUGUGCAGGAGAUGGCAGGGGAGAGAUCUGUGUUGUUUAUAUACAGGUCUCUCCCUCGUCGGUGAUACUUGUCGAUCGCUGGGUGCCAGCGUGGAAUCACCAGCUGGGACCCGGUGAUUGACAGCCGAGGCUGCGAAUGGCAGCCCCCUACUUGGAACUGCAAAAUAGCGUAUAUAUAUAUACUCGAUUUUGCACAGCCGUGCCACCCUGUAGCAGUAUUUCUGCUAUAG